GAAAAGAGGAGGAAGUUACAGAAAGACAGAGAGAGGAGGAGACACGGGAGGAAAGAGUAGACUUCACUGGACUGGGGAGAAAAAAAAUCCCACUCUUAAAAAGAGUCACAUUGUUGCUGGCAGUGGGAACAGGGAGAGAUCUGAGAGUUCUUUAGCAGCAAAGUAAGAAAGAAAGAGAGGAAAGAGCCUUGUGCAGCGAGGAGGAGAGGGAUACGGGAGUUUAGCUCAGCACUUCAGUCAUGUAGCAGGAAACAGAUCCUGAGUAUAUGCUGCUGGGGGAGGAGGAGGAGGGAGCAGGCAGCUUUCUCUGUUUUUUCUUGCCGUUGCUGACUGCUGGAAACACUUUACAAGGAAGGAGGGAGAGGAGCAAUAAGAAGGCUUUGAGGUGAGGCACAGCAUGCAGCCUUGCAGCCCUCCCCAGCUGAGCAAUAUGGCUGCUGCUUGCAAGCUGUGUGCAGGCAGAGGGUGCAGCAGGGCCGGCUUGUGUUCAGCUCCUAUGCAGGCUGGAUUCAGUUGGAGAUCCCUGCUGGGCCUGUAACUCCUCAGGACUCCUGGUUAAGACUCGCAGACUUGCAGAAGAGGUGAGAGAGGAAGCCACUGAGAGUUAGCCCUUCCCAAACAGCUUACAUCUUGUUCAGGAUGGAGCCCAAGCACAGGGAGUUACUGCAACAGUGCCACCAAAACCUUGUGGAGUCCAUCAGUGAUGCAGACAGGUUGCUGAACCUCCUGGAGGAGUGUGGCACGCUCACCAUCAGGGACAGGCAGGAGCUGGAUAGCAGUUGUCCCACUGGCCAGGACAAGGUGGACCUCUUGCUGAAGAUGCUGCUGGUCAAGGAGAAGGACCACUUUCAAGAUCUACGUGUUGCCCUGGAGAAAACUGAACCCCAUCUACUAUCUAUCCUCUACUUGAAUGGCUUGGGAGCUGGUGACACUGCAGGUUCCACUUACAGUGUCCUCACCACCAUGCCUUCAGACUCGGAAAGCAGCGGCUCCCUCAGCAGUGUCGGUACGACUAAUAAGGCCUCUUCCCCUCCAUUGUCUGCUGUUGACAGCCGCCUUAUGAGUGAAAAGUUGGACACUAUACUAUCACAGUUACGGCAGGUGACACGUGAGAGAGAUGAGCUUCGAAAGCGCCUGGCUUUGUCCUCACCAGGGUCAACAUUUGAUGAUUGCAGACCAAGUCCGAAAUUGACGCCGGAUUAUGAGCGAUUGAAGGUGCAGUGCAUGAAAGCGAUGUCCGAGUUGGAAGCCCUACAGAGCCAGCACUCCAAAGCACUUAAAAAAUGUGAGGAGGCUGCAAAGGAAGCAGAUUUUUACCACACUCAACAUAGCCGUGUGUUAAAUGAACAGACGCAGCUGCAGGAGGAUAGCGAGAGUCUGCGCAGGAAACAUGCCCAGUUGCAGCGCGAGUUCACUCAUCUGCAGCAGUCCUGCCAGGACCUCAAGCGGAUUCAUGAGGCCGAUCAAAAGGAAAUGUCAGAACUGCGUAGACAACAGCAACUGGUGGUGAAGCAGAAUGGUUCCUCUGAGCUCAUUAACAAGCUAUAUGAUACCGCUCUGGACAAGCUGGAAGUGGUGAAGAAAGAUUACGAUUCUCUGCGUAGACAGUACAAUGAGAAGGUUUCCAGUCAUAACUUGGAUUUAGGGCGCCUGGAGCAGAGUGAGGAAGAGAAGAGAAACCUGCAGAAACAGCUGGAGGGGCUGAUGAAGCAGCGGGACAAUACCAUGCAUCUGCAGCAUCAAUACUCCUCCUCUAUGAGAAGGUACGACUCCAUCCAGCAGGAACUGAAUAAAGCAACCUCACAAAACAAGGAGUUGCAAAGAGAAAUAGAGCGGCUGCAGGCAGAAGCUACACGUUUUAAGACCAUGCAACUUAAGGUAGCCAAGGAUGCAGAAAAAUACAAGGAAGAGAGAGACUCUGUAUUUAAUGAGUAUCGUUUAAUUAUGAGCGAGCGAGACCAAGUCAUUAAAGAGGUGGACAAGAUGCAAACUGAACUUGAGCUAGCACAAGGAAGACUGAAGAAUACCUCCAGCGAGAAGAGAGUUGCAAGCGAGGAGAUGGAAGCUCUCAGACAGGAACUAAACUCUGCCCUAGUGGAGCGGGAUCGGGCUAUCUUUGAAAGGAAUGAGCUCUUGGAGAAGUAUUGUCAUGAGGUGAAAGACAAGGCCGAAGCCCAAAAGGACUUGGACCAAGCCUGUAAAGACAUAGAGACUGUGAAGGAAGAAAGGGAUGUGGCAAGGAAAGAGAGGACAGAGGCCAUCAUACAGAGGGAUCACCUACUAAGGGAGUACUAUCAAGCUAUGCAGAUUCAGGAUUCUGCUACUCUAGACAUGGAAAGAGCCAACAAAGAGAUUGAGGUGCUCAGGAAGCAGCAUGAGGCAAUGAGCCAUGAACUGAAGGAGGCCACACAAGAGGCAGAGGUAGCAAAGUGCAGACGAGACUGGGCUUUCCAGGAGAGAGACAAGAUUGUUGCUGAGAGAGAAAGCAUUCGGACGUUAUGUGAUAACUUGCGUAGAGAACGUGACCGUGCAGUCAGUGAGCUGGCGGAGGCACUGAGAAAUCUGGAUGACAUGCGCAAGCAGAAGAAUGAUGCCACACGAGAACUAAAGGAACUGAAGGAAAAGAUGGAUAAUCAGAGUGAGAAAGAAGCCAGGUUCCGCCAGCUCAUGGCUCAUAGCUCUCAUGACUCUGCUAUUGAUACAGACUCACUGGAGUGGGAGACCGAAGUGGUGGAGUUUGAGCGUGAUAGGGAGGAUAUGGACCUGACAGCUCUAGGAUUUGAUGUGGCAGAUGGAGUGAGUGAACCCUUUUUCCCAGGGGAUAGUGGCAUUUUUGUAACUAAAGUGGACAAAGGCAGCAUCGCUGAUGGCCGGCUAAGGGUGAACGACUGUCUCCUGAAGAUAAAUGAUGUUGAUCUCACUAAUAAAGACCGCAAACAUCUGAUCAAAGCUGUGCUAAGUGGAGGGGAUGUUAUCAACAUGGUCAUACGGAGGAGAAAGUCCCUUGGGAGUCGUAUUGCUACGCCCCUGCACAUCAACCUGGGCAGUCAGAAAGACAGUGGUAUCUCUCUGGAGACUGGCGUGUUGGUGGCAGCUGUGAUGCCCGGGAGUCCUGCUGCCAAGGAAGGGUCACUCAUGGCUGGUGAUAGAGUGGUGGCUAUUAAUGGUAUCGCCCUGGAUAAUAAAUCCAUUACAGAAUGCGAGGCUCUGCUCAGGAACUGCCGGGAAUCACUCAGCCUCUCUCUGGUAAAGGUUUUACCACAAAAUACAUCUUGGAGCGGACAAAGCUUAUUUGAAAACAUUAAGGAAUCAUGUCGCGUUCUCCCUCCAAAUAUUCAGGCUCAGAAUAAGAGGAACUUAAAGAAUAACAGCUCGACUCAGACUGACAUCUUCCGUCCUGACAUCCUUGAUCACAAAAAAGAUAUGGGAGAUGGUAGUGGAUCGGAGAGAGCCCUUCAGCUGAGCUGCCAUAGCCAUUCUGAGCAUAGCUUGGGAUCCAUAGGUGGAGAGGUAUUCAUGGGGCGUGGUUAUGACUUGCUAGAGGAGGACAGACAGCCACUUGGUUACACAGAUGCCAUUGCAGAUGCACUAGUUGAGUCAUCCACCGGCAAGCGGAGCAGUGGCACAUGGCCCAAAGUUAUGGUCAGCCCUGGGCACUCACAGAGUGAAUUCACGGUCUUCAAGAGGCCCAGGCAGAGGAAAUCCAUCUUUGAUCCUGACACUUUCAAAAGGCCUCAAACACCACCAAAACUAAACUUUAUUCCACCAGGGCCAGUCAUGGCUCAUUCACCUCAGUCUUCCAAGGUGGACAGACCACCAACCCCGCCAACUCCUCCAAAACGCAGUGAUUCCAUAAAGUUUAAACACAGGCAUCAGUCUAGUUCUGCUUCGGAUUCGACUGUAACCGCUGGCUCACCACCUACUAGCCCUUCACCUGCUUCUCUUACCUCCAGCUCCCAGGAAGCCUCCCACAAGAUCCACCAUAAUAGGGGGAUUGGAAAAUGCUGCCGAGAGGAAGGGUCUGAUUGUACUUUGCCAGGAUGUAGAGGGGGUGGGGAGGUGGAAAGCUGCUUGCAAAGGGCAGAAGAGCCUGAAGUGAAGAGGCCAAGACCGCUGUCUGCACCAGCAUCUAAGCACCGCAUAACACCUGUAGCUAUUCCCCAUCACACACUGCAAGCCCAGAAAUUUCCCCCCAGCUCAGAGGAUCGGCUAUCUCCUGAACUUAAUUAUGAAUGGGUCCGAUUCUCUCCCACGCGUUCCCCCCGCCAUAGCGAUAUUUUUGCAGCUUCAUUGUAUGGAUCUGGGAUGUCGGGUACUGUACCCCGAAGUCUGGCCCCAUGUCCUGCUGUGACAGCAGUUUUGAGAAACCCAAUCUACACCGCUUGGAGUCAUCGGGUCCCUUCUACUAACUGCCCCUCCUCUACAGGCCAGGUCUGCUCACAGCACCUGCAUCAGAGUGCGCAACACCAUGGCCGCUUAAGCUUAGACCUGAGUCACAAACACCCAGGUGAAUACUGCGAUACUUCCCGACCUAGAGUUCCCCACGGCUCCAACUCCCUCCCUUCUAGUGCCCGCCUCGGAUCCUCAAGAACUGAACGUAUUAAAAUCCCCUUAACGCCACGAUACCUGCGGUGCCCAAUGGGCUCAGAAAGGGGUUCGCUGUCACAAUCGGAGUGUAGCAGUCCCAGUCUGGCCAGUCCUCCUCAUUCUCCCCUCAACUUGGAGACUUCAUCAUUUGCCAGUAGCCAGUCCCAGAACUCCAUUUCAAGCUUACCCAGGAUCUCCAUCAGCACUGUUCCCGUGGGGGAACGCAGAAAGGACAGCCAUUACUACUUCUUUCCUCACCUCUCAUCUUCCAGAUAUGUUUUCCGAACUAGGUCCUUACUGAGGCUUCCAGCCCAUUCUAGGCCCAGGUUUUCCUCAGUAAGAUGCUUGAGACCACUAGUAGAUGAACCACGACAUGUCAAGGUACAGAAAGGAGCUGAACCCCUGGGAAUUUCAAUCGGUAGCGGUGAGAAUGGGGGUAUCUUUGUCUCCAAGGUGAUGGCAGGAAGCAUCGCCCAGCAAGCUGGUUUAGAAUACGGGGACCAGCUGUUAGAGUUUAAUGGAAUAAACUUGAGGAAUGCCACUGAGCAGCAAGCACGCCUGAUCAUUGGGCAGCAGUGUGAUACCAUUACUAUCCUGGCUCAGUACAACCCACACAUGUGCCAGCCUCUUCAUUCACGAUCCAGCUCUCGGCUGGAUACAAGUACGUCCCAUUCCACACCUCACGGCAGUGGGGCGGCAACUCCAGACAAUCAUUCCGUCAUUGAUACUGUGAGUGAGCAAGAUGAGGGGACCAUGACGCCGCCUUCAAAGGAGACCACACCCAGCACAAGCCCUCACAGCUCACUUAGGGCACCUGUGGAUGGCAUAAAGAGACAUUCUGAGCUCCGCACAGUAACCCUCUCAAAAUCUCCUGUGGAGCUGGGGAUGCAGAUCUGUGGGGGGAACCUUCAUGGGAUAUAUGUGUUGGAUUUAGAAGAGGAAAAUGUGGCUGGAGGACUGGAAGGGCUACAAACAGGAGACUUGAUUCUGGAAUAUGGUUCGGUUGAUAUGAGGAAUAGAACGGCAGAGGAAGCCUACCUAGAGAUGAUGAAGCCUGCAGAAAAUGUCAAGUUGAAGGUACAGCAGAAAGUAGAGGAAUUUAACCGAAUCAAAGAGCAGCCUGGGGAUGGCUUCUACGUAAGAGCACUUUAUGAGCGACAGGCGGAGCACCCGCAGGAGCUGAGCUUCAAGAAGGAUGAUAUACUGUUUGUUGACGACACUCUCCCUCAGGGGGUGUUUGGCACGUGGAUGGGUUGGCAGCUGGAUGAGAAUGCACAGAAACUGGAGAGAGGCCAAGUCCCCAGCAAAUAUAUGAUGGAGCAAGAAUUCUCCCGACGUCUCAGUGUCUCAGAGGCACGAGAUGACAGCGCUGCAGGCAAGACCCUUUCUGCUGCUGCCAGGCGAUCCUUCUUUCGCAGAAAACACAAACAUAAGCGAAGUGGGUCUCGAGAUGGAAAGGAACUUCAAGGGCUGGACACAAUUAGUACUGACUCUAUUCCCUUCCUUGAUGAGUCUAUGAAUUUGGCAUACCAACGAGUUCAAAGGGUGGACUGCACCUCUCCUCGCCCUGUGCUCCUUCUAGGACCGUUAGUUGAUGCUGUGAAAGAUAUGCUGGUCAAAGAGUCCCCAGGAAGGUUCUGUAGAUGCCCUCUUGAGGUAAUGAAAGCAUCACAGCAGGCCAUAGAACGUGGGGUAAAGGACUGUCUCUUUAUAGACUACAAGAGGAGAAGUGGCCAUUUUGAUGUUACUACAGUGGCUUCAAUCAAGGAGAUCACAGAGAAGAAUUGCCAUUGUUUGCUGGAUAUAGCUCCUCAUGCCAUUGAGCGGCUUCACAGUGUCCACAUAUAUCCCAUAGUCCUGUUUAUCCGGUACAAAAGCACUAAGCAGAUAAAGGAACAAAAGGACCCAAUCUUUCUAAGGGACAAAGUGACACAGAAAAAUUCCAAAGAGCAGUUUGAAUCUGCGCAGAAAAUUGAACAGGAAUACAGCAAGUAUUUCACAGCUGUGAUACAAGGAGGCGCCCUGUUCAGCAUUUGCACUCAGAUUCUGGCUGUUGUGGAUCAAGAACAGAACAAAGCCCUGUGGAUCCCAGCGGGAGUGUUGUGAGGUUCUCUGUAUUGCAUACCACAUCACUAUGAAGUAAAAGGGCAAUGACCAGUCUGUACCCAGUGUGAUCUUCAACAUUACUGUUACUGAAAAUAUAGAAGAGCCAUGGUUCAGACAAUGGCAACAUGAAUGGGUAAGCCACUGCGCCACCAAAAAUAUUCAAACAGUCCGUUAGUUAGUGGUAAUCCAGAUUCAAGGAAAUUUGGACAGAGAAUGGCUUUAUUCAUCUCCAUCACCCCAGAGGAUUUGAACAGGAGCCAGCACUGAAAAGCUAUUGGACAAGGGUGGUAACUGCUUCACGUACAUAAUCUACAGGACUAUGGAAAAAGAGAAUCUGUCUAGUACAUGGAGGACAGAAAGACUAUUAUAAAUGAGCUGCUCAGAUUACAGGGGACCUAUUGAAAUGCUCAGCAGAGCUGUAGUUUUUGCAGAUCAUUGUGGGAGCCUUUAUGUUUACUUUUAUAUAUAUUUUUUUCCCCUCCUUUUCAGAACACUAAUUAUAGGUACUUGACGAGGGGUUAUAACAUGAAGAACUGUUUGUCACCAGUGUAUCAUGUCAAAUGUAGCCUGGGUUCUGUAGUAAAAACCCUUCUAUCACACCUAAACCCCUUUACUGCUGGAGAUAACGAACAUUAAGUUGCUUCUGCUGAUACUUGAAUAUGGGGCUUCUUGACAUGCUCCAAAAUUUGUUUCUUGUAGACCGGUUUAUGUGACACUACAUGUAACUGCACUUUUUUUUUGUAAACUUUAUUGAAACAUGCCAUCUUUGAGUAAAUCAGAGUAUAAUCCCAUUUUUGUGCUCCAGAAUACAAGUCAGAAUCUUUGGAUAGACAGAUAUUGUGAACUAAAUGCAAUGCACCUUCUAUGCCUCUUGGCAGUGAAAUUAAGACCUUUAAAUACACAGAAAAAAACGCUUAUUUGUGUUAGUUAUUAUGGGUUUAAAAAUAUAAAUCGCUGUUUCUGAUUUUAAAAACUUUUUUGAUUUUCCAAGUAAUUUAACACUCUACUGUCUUGCAAUGCUGUUGAUCCACUAACAGGUUUUAUGCAAAGCAUUGCUGCCGUUCAGGGCAGGGGGUACGGAAAAGGACUUUACACAGGGAUAUUGUGAAGUGUAAACCCAGCAUAAGUUCAUUACUUGAGAGCUCAGUAGCCAAAAUAUUAGUAAUAUUCAUGGUUGUUUAUGUUGUGCAUGAUCUUUGGUUUGUUUUUGUAUUAAUAUAAUGAUUUAUUCAUAAAUUAACCAGUUCUCUUGUAAACAUAAGUGUCAUUUCGGAGGUGGAAAUUCGCACUUGCAAAGCAGUGAGAAAAAAAUCAAGACCUCUUCUAAAGGGAGUCAUUAGACAAAGAUGUAGCUUGCUCUGUUCUUUUUCUUGUUUACAAAAAUCCUAGUUAUGAUCUGUAAAAUGCAUUUGUAUUGGUCUUCCCCCUAACCCCUGCCCCAAACAUGUACCAGAUCAGCUACAGUUAUUUGAAACUAGUGUUCUUCUAGUAAAUUAUAUUACUUGA